AGACAUCUGAGAGCUAGGUUAAAAACCUGUAUUAUUCCUCCUCCUAACCGUUUCUUACUCCACUUUACAACCGCGUUCAAUCGCACACACAAUUCAGCUCCAAUUCCAACUCCCCCAAUCCCAAUUCCAUUCCCAAUGAAUUCAAUUCCAAACCUCACAGCAUAAAAUGCCCCUCGAUUCCCCCAAUUCAAAUCCCUCACCAAACGAAUCAAUCAGAUCUCAUCAUUCCUCCUCCACUGUGAUCUGAUCCCUUCGAUUCCAAUUCCAAACCCUAGGGUACGCUUUAUUGAUUUAAUCAAAUAAUGUCAGGUGCGGCCUCGGCGCUGUUCAUUCUCGACAUCAAAGGCCGCGUGCUCGUGUGGCGCGAUUACCGAGGCGAUGUCACCGCCGUCCAAGCUGAAAAAUGCUUCACCAAGCUCAUCGACAAAGAGGGAGAACCAGAUACACAGAAUCCAGUUGUGCAUGAUGAUGGCAUAACUUAUAUGUUUAUACAACACAAUAAUGUGUAUUUGAUGGCUGCAUCGAGGCAGAACUGUAAUGCUGCCAGUAUAUUCUUAUUUCUACACCGCGUAGUUGAUGUAUUUAAGCAUUAUUUCGAGGAGUUAGAAGAGGAAUCACUUAGAGAUAAUUUCGUUGUAGUGUAUGAGUUACUUGAUGAAAUGAUGGACUUUGGUUAUCCCCAAUAUACUGAGGCGAAGAUUCUUAGUGAGUUUAUUAAGACUGAUGCAUACAGGAUGGAAGUUACACAGAGGCCCCCUAUGGCAGUGACAAAUGCAGUGUCAUGGCGAAGUGAAGGAAUUCGUUACAAGAAGAAUGAAGUAUUUCUAGAUGUCGUUGAGAGUGUUAAUAUACUUGUAAACAGCAAUGGACAGAUAAUCAGAUCUGAAGUUAUUGGUGCAUUAAAGAUGCGAACAUAUUUGAGUGGUAUGCCUGAGUGCAAACUUGGGCUAAAUGAUAGAGUUUUACUAGAAGCGCAAGGACGAGCAACCAAGGGAAAGGCCAUUGACUUGGAUGAUAUCAAAUUCCAUCAGUGUGUGCGUCUUUCUCGAUUUGAAAACGACCGGACAAUAUCAUUUAUACCCCCUGAUGGGUCUUUUGAUCUAAUGACAUAUAGACUUAGCACUCAGGUUAAGCCUCUGAUAUGGGUGGAAGCUCAAGUGGAGAGGCAUUCUAGAAGUCGUAUGGAAAUCAUGGUAAAAGCGAGGAGCCAGUUCAAGGAAAGAAGCACUGCAACAAAUGUUGAAAUUGAGUUGCCUGUGCCAUCUGAUGCCAUCAACCCAAAUCUACGAACAUCAAUGGGAUCUGCUUCUUAUGCACCUGAAAAUGAUGCAUUGCUUUGGAAAAUCAAAUCAUUUCCAGGUGGUAAGGAAUAUAUGUUGAGAGCAGAGUUUAAUCUUCCUAGUAUCACAGACGAAGAAGCAGCUCCGGAGAGAAAGGCUCCCAUACGAGUGAAGUUCGAGAUACCAUAUUUUACUGUUUCAGGAAUACAGGUCCGAUACCUGAAGAUCAUUGAGAAGAGUGGCUAUCAGGCUCUGCCAUGGGUGAGAUACAUAACAAUGGCAGGUGAAUAUGAAUUGCGACUCAUGUGAAAGCCACUUUAUCCCAGAACGUCACGAUUCCAGAAACUAUCAACCUGGUCUCAGUAUUGUUAUACAUAGGCUUCCAAUCAUCUGGAAGCAGGGAGUUGCUUGUUCUUACCUGAAUUGGUAAUUUUUCCAGCACAAAGUUUACUCUAGGGCGGGGUAAUUUUUCAGCACAAAUUUACUCCAGGGCAGCGCUUUUUGUUACUUUGCUUAACUGUUGUCUUUUAUCAACUACAGGUUUCUAAGAUUUUCAUGUAUAAUCAAUCAAAAAUUUGUACUUUUGUUUUCUUGUUUUUUUUUCCAUGUCUCUUCUUUGAAAUAUCCCCCGAAGGGCUCAUAUCAUUAUUUUUUGAAUCAAAUGAUGCUUGUAAUUAUAUACCUGAUUUGGCUUAAACUUUAGUUUGAAUCCAAUCUUGUCAAGUUAUCAAUAUAUAUGUUCCUUUUGUUCUUUGUUUGCA